AGAUGAAGAUCCAGAAGACGAAGCCAACAACCAUGAAGACAACAGCGACGACGAAGAUGAAGUUGAACACGAAGAUGAAGCAGACAUACCACCCGCCGGACCCACAGAGAAAGCAACUGAAGCGGCAGAUAACACCCCACAAAGCCAACCCGCGACCGCUCCACAAAACGAACUCUCCGACCCCGAUCUCCGAGACGAAGAAAACGAGCGGAUAAUGGACAUGAUCGAAGAGCUGCAGACGCCAGCGAAACGGCGCAGACUGGAAAAGGGAAUAAUCGCCACCACCUCCCGGCGUCAAAAGAAAGAGGUUGCAGAGUUUGUCAAGACCGCCACGCUCGACGGCGCAGAUGGGUACUUUGACCAGCACGCGCAAAAGCCAGCGCUGUCGACCCACUCGCUUUCGAAACUUCCCGCGAUAUCGGCGCAGGAGUACGUGCUCGCGGUCAAGCAAGCCGAUCUGGCGUUCGAAGAGCAGCGCGAGAUCAUUGCGCAGGCGCACGAAAAUAUAUUCUCGCAGCUCGCGUUCGAGCUGUCGCAGGGGUUCAACCUCAUCCUGCACGGCCUGGGAUCGAAGCGCGAGCUGGUGAUGGACUUUGUGGAUGAGUACCUGGACGACGUCGAUAUCCUGGUCGUCAACGGGUACAACCCGUCCACCACGAUCCGCGAGGUACUUGCCUCCGCGGCGCCGUUCCUGGUCGACGAUUCCAAGCUCGCGAACGCGCUUCCAAAAGCACCGUCCGAGGCUCUCGCGGUCAUCAUGAAUAGCUCAUCAAUCACGACACCGUUUCCCUACACUUCCUACCGCCCCAAACUCGUCAUCGUGAUCCACAACAUCGACGGCGACCCCUUCCGCAACAGCAAAACCCAAGCAAUCCUAUCCCAACUCGCGACCCACAGCGCCGUCAGCAUGCUCGCCACCGUCGACCACGUCAACGCGCCUAUGCUGUGGGACUCGGCCAAGUUAUCGUCGUUCAGGUUUAUCUGGCACGACGCGACCACGUUCGCGUCCUACACCGUCGAAACCUCGUUCGAAGACCCGCUCUUGCUCGGCGGCGGCUCGGGUGCGGCCGCGGCUACAAACUCGGCUACGCAGGGCUCGGGAAUCAGAUUCGUGCUUGAGAGCUUGACUUCCAACGCCCGUGGCUUGUACCGCGUCUUGAUCUCCAACCAACUACAAGCGAUCGAAGACAGCGCCGCCGACCCUUCUUCUUCUUCUGCAGCAGCGGGUCCAGCCAGAUUCGGCAUCGAGUCAAAGAUCUUGUAUCAGCAAUGCUCGGAGGAAUUCAUUGUCACCAACGAACUUAACUUCCGAACCAUGCUGACGGAGUUUUACGAGCACGAGAUGCUGGUCUCGACGAAAGAUCAGCUGGGGACAGAGGUUAUUUACUCGCCGUUCGAUAAGGAGACUUUAGAGAGGUUGCUGGAGGAUGAUAUUCUCAAUCAAUAAGAGGGUGUAUGAAUAUGAAGUGGGUU